CUGCAAGCCGAGCCUACUCCCUCAUCACCAGUCCAACCAAUGAGUGUCGGCGGAAAGGAAGAGGAAAAAAAAUCAAGCGGUGUGUUGUGGGAGAGAUUUUAAAACAAGUGUGUUUAAGAGUAAAGAACAACGACAGGGAUCUGAUCGAGGCUCUUGAAAGAACUACCCUGGCACCUUCAUGUCCCACCUCUCGUCAUUACCGAGUGAAAAGAGCCAGUCUCCUGUGAGCAAACGUCUUUACUGAGAUCCCUUGACAAACAUCUUUACAUCCCUCUGCGCUACCACAUCGUACUGCUUCGCUGGUUGGCCGUUUCUCUCACCCUGAAACAGGAUGAAUGAUGUUCUGGAGGCCAUCUCCCCGGCGACCAGCCUCAGCGGUCCAGCAACCUGUGUAUCCAAAGUAGAGCUGCGUGUGUCUUGCAAAGCCCUGCUGGACCGAGACACGCUGAACAAGUCAGACCCAUGUGUCAUACUCAUGGUGCAAAACAACGGACAGUGGACAGAGCUGGACAGGACAGAAGUGAUUAAGAGCAACUUGCACCCGGUCUUUGCCAAGGUUUUCUCAUGGGACUACUACUUUGAGGAGGUCCAGAAGCUGCGAUUUGAAGUCUAUGACAUCCACGGCACUCAUAGCAUCGGGACCCGAGAUGAUGACUUUCUUGGUGGGAUGGAGUGUACUCUUGGCCAGAUUGUGGCCCAAAAGAGGAUGGUGAAGCCUUUGUUGCUAAAGUAUGGGAAAUAUGCCGGCAAAUCUACCAUCACAGUGCACGCGGAGGAAAUUUCAGGCAACAACGGAUACGUGGAGCUUUCCUUCUGUGCCAAGAAGCUCGAUGAUAAGGAUAUCUUCAGCAAAUCUGACCCUUUUCUGGAAAUAUACCGAAUCAAUGACGAUCUAUCCGAACAACUUGUGCACAGAACUGAGGUGAUUAAAAACAACCUGAAUCCUGUGUGGGAGCCCUUCAAAGUGUCUCUCAUAUCUCUGUGCAGCUGUGAUGAAGAACGUAAGCUCAAGUGCCUAGUGUGGGAUUAUGACUCCAGGGGGAAACAUGACUUCAUCGGCGAGUUCUAUGCCACUUUCAGGGAAAUGCAGAAAAUUGGUGGUGGAAAUAAGGUGUCAUGGGACUGUGUGAAUCCUAAGUACAAGCUGAAGAAGAGGAACUAUAAAAAUUCAGGAGUUGUCAUCCUCAGUGACCUUAAGCUCCACAGAGUGUACUCCUUCUUAGAUUACAUCAUGGGAGGAUGCCAGAUUCACUUUACGGUUGCCAUUGACUUCACAGCCUCCAAUGGAGACCCGAGGAACAGCUGCUCUUUGCACUACAUCAACCCUUACCAGCCCAACGAGUAUCUGAAGGCUCUGAUAGCAGUGGGGGAGAUCUGUCAAGACUACGACAGUGACAAAAGAUUUUCAGCUUUGGGGUUUGGUGCCAGAAUCCCUCCAAAUUACGAGGUGUCACAUGACUUUGCCAUUAAUUUCAACCCAGAGGAUGAUGAAUGUGAAGAGAUCCAAGGAGUGGUUGAGGCGUACCAGAACUGCCUUCCUAAGAUCCAAUUGUACGGCCCGACCAAUGUUUCUCCCAUCAUUAACAGGAUAGCCAAACUGGCAGCAGGCGACGGCAACAUUAAAGACGCCUCUCGAUACCACAUCCUACUCAUCCUCACGGAUGGUGUAGUGACAGACAUGGCAGACACACGUGAAGCCAUUGUGCGAGGCUCCUACCAGCCUCUCUCCAUAAUUAUUGUUGGAGUGGGCAAUGCAGACUUCACAGACAUGCAGAUUUUGGAUGGAGAUGACGGAGUCCUACGUUCACCGAAGGGCGAGCCAGUCCUCAGGGACAUUGUGCAGUUUGUGCCCUUCAGAGACUUCAAAACGGCUUCCCCUGCAGCCCUGGCCAAAUGUGUUCUUGCAGAGGUGCCCAAGCAAGUUGUAGAGUACUACAGCCAUAAGGCCAUCUCCCCUAUGUGUCCCAUCAGUGAGUCACUGACCCCUAUCCUCACCCCUAUUGCCACCACACCAACAGAUUAAAACCCCAGCCUGCUCCUGGGACCUACCUUUGACCACAGCAUCAGUCCAGAAAACUGAGAGGGAGAAAGGACGCAUGCCUCGCAAUUUUGGACAAGUACUGAAGCGAAAAGCUUUCUAAAUGUGUUGUUACUCAUUUAUCUCAUUCUUCACAAGUGUUUACAUAAGGACAGCACUACAGAGGCUGUUGGUUACAUGUGUCUGUUCGAUGUGGAUCCAGCGUUGUUCUCCCUGGCUGUGAAAACCAUGGUCAUCCAGCAGCUUCGGUAUCAGUCCUGGAGGAUUGUGUUGUUUUUUACCCAAAUUUUUAUGCAUGCAGGCCAAUCCCUCAGUACUGAUCCAUACAGUGGAUGCAGACUUAUAAUUCCUCACUGCUCAAGACAUUCAGCACUUCUACCCUCUCUAUUAUGUUACUGUUUUGCUUAUGUGACAUCUUCUGGUACUUUUGAAGAUGAACUGUACAGUACUGUAUGUUGCAAUCAAAAUGAUAUUGCUCAACUUGAAAAUACUAACAUUUAAUCCAGAUGUUAUAUAUAUAUAUAUAUAUGUACGAAUUACAGGAAGUAUAAGAAGAAAUGCUGCAUUCAGACCAAUUAAUACCUUGACCUUUCUUUAUGUACCUACAUUUUUCUGGCUCCAAUAUUGGCCUUAUAUUGGAUAACAAUAUAACAAUAUUUCCAAACAAACAAAGAUCACAUAUUUAUCAUCAUCAGUCUAAAUCAGUCAUCAUCAUGAGUUCAUUUGAAUGGACAAAUGGAAAAUCCUAACAUGUCUUAAUUGAAAACUCUGUUUGAACCUCUGUGCAUCAGCCAUUCUCAACAAACCGAAAAUGUCAUUAUUGAUACAACAUGAACCAUUAAUUACACCACCCCCAUUUAGGGAAUAUGAAAGCAAGUAAUGCUGAGUGUUUACACUGUCAGCAGGUUGCCAAGUUAGUUUGUUCUGUGUAAAAUAUUGAUCCAAUCCACCAAUAAUUAGGUCUUAAUGCCAGGUGAGAAAACAGCAGCAUGUCCUCCCUUUGGACCUGAUCCCCUUUUACAUCUGUGAAUCUUCAAGUGACUUAACUUCUGCUAUGUGUAAUAUUUGCUAUGGCUCGAGCUUGCGUAUGCUUCUUUUAGCUACAAAAGGGAGCUCACAAGUCAUAUUUAGAGGGAAAACAGCCAUGUCAUCAGCUGGCAAGUGAAAGUAGGAUGAGUUUAGGUUUCUGCAGCAUAAGUUGCUUCUUAUGUUUUUCUCAAAGAGAAGACAAAUGAUUCACUCAAGUUUGGUGGCUUUGGAAUAAACUGUGAGAGUUAUCCUUCAUGUCCAAUGGAUACUUUCCUUUUGAAUAGUCUGUUGUUGUCACCCCUGAGACAUCCGUCAUGCAGUUGACAUUCUUCACAUUCCUGCUCUGUUUUUUCUUCUUUUUGCUGCUUUUUAUACCCAAAACAAUUUAACUCAAUGUUUUGUAGGGAAUUUAACUGGAGAGUGCAGAGUUUAGAUCCAAUGAAAGCACAAAUCUGAUUAAAACAAGUGCUUCGAUACACACUCUAAUGUUCAACCAGCUCUGGAAUGUGUUACAUUUGAUGUAUGCUCAUGUUUGUGCGUCUCAAGAACAAACUGUUCCUGUGUGUCUGUUCUCUUCAUUUUCAAGAAUGUCUUGCCUGAUUCUCUUAACCUUCACUUUAAUUUACCUUGUUAGGGUUGUGCAGCCUGUCGUCAUAGUUUUCAGUGCGUGGUCUGUAAAAAUUCAGAUAAAGCUGUUUCAUGUUUUGGCUCAGUAUUCUACCAAAGGAACAUAUUAUUACUACAAAGGUUUAAGCCCCACUUCUCACUUAAACCGACCCCUUAAAACCCACAGAUAUGAGUUGCUGUUUGAGAUGCUAUGUCCAGUAAAUACCAGAAUGAGUUUUGGCCUCUAACAAAAAAGAAAUGAAAGAUGUGUUUGAGUCACAUGUGCAUAAAAAUGUAAUUGAAUGAGAAAGUAAAAGAGUUGCAAAGACAGUUUCAAAAGGCAUCCUGAUGGCAUUCAAACCUUUUCAUCACUUCAACAUAUGGAUUAGUUUACCUCAAAUGUAGAUGGACUGGACACGUUUUAAUCAAGAUUUAUUAAGAGCACUUUAAAUAAUUCAUCUUUGAAUUAAAUAUAACAAUAUACAUUGAAUAUUUUUGCUCUUACCUUGGUUUUGAAUGGCAAAUGCAAAUUAGUAUUUAAGUUACAUUUAGAGGUAAAAUAUAUACCUUUCAGAUUCAAAGAAAAGAGAUCCUGUCAAAAAAUGGAAUUAAUAAAUCUCAAACACUGCUGGCAAACUGAGAAGUUUAAGUGACAUGAAUGCCUAAGUAUGUAAAAUCCUUUAAAUUAACUAAAUAGGAUCAACCCUAUGACUAUAACAGUCAUGCCUCUAUACCUUAUUUACCUGCUUGUUGAUCUGACCUUUAUCUUAUAUGGUGUAUAUGUGUCCUGAAUGGUGACUGAUUCACUUGACCAAAAGCCAUUUAAUACACUUGAAGACUACUGCAGCAACUCAAACAUACACAUAUCCAUCCCCAAGCUACCAAUAUUAAUCUGACUUUGAUUUGUCCUCUAGAGCUUUACCAGCUCUCCCCAGAUACAGACUAUUGACUUCUUAUGAAUACACCCAAACACAGCAGGCUCUGCUGUUGGCUGCUCUCUGAACUCCUUUGAAGAUCACAACUAUUGAGGAUUCCUCUGUCGCUGUGGAUAACAGGAAUGAGGCCGAUCGAUUCAGCAGGAAUAGAUUUGGAGCCAUACUCAGUAAAUUAUGUGGAGGGACUUUAGUCUCACAUAGACUUUACUUAUGAAACCAGCUUUAUGAUUACCCACAAAUCCUUGGUGGCAACCUUUUCUUAAUGAUUAAGGCAGGAUGUGAACAUAUUAGCCAAUAUUUCUUGAGGGGAAACUAGGUCACAUAUUAAUCUUUGAAAUUAACUUUUUUUCCCCCGAUUACCUAGAUCACCUUAUUGCUACAUUGCCUCAGGUUAUGAGCUGCACCGGCUCAAAUGGUUCAUUACCCUGUCCUCUUGAUAUUUUCGUGAUAUAUGAUUCUGCAAUCUCAGAACGUACCAAAUGUUAUUCCUUUAACAUAUAGGAAUUUUAUAAUUGUGUUCAUUUAUUAUUUGUGUUCUCUAAUAAGUAACACAACAUUGCCAAAAUAGGUUUUUUCUAGGUUCAAACAUCAAAACACUGCCAGUAAAAUGUGUUAUUUGCUCCUGGAGGUAUCUGAAUCAUGAAAUGUUUUCAGAUGUUUUACUGUAAUUCAUCUAAAAAGAGGGAUGCUUGGGUCUUUAAUGCCUUGCCAGAUUUGCCCUAAACAAAUAACUCUUUAGACCUAUUUGGAAAAAUAUUUGUUAAUUUGUUAAAACUUGUCUUUUUCAUUAAAAGAAAAGUUUUAUUGCAAAUAUUAUGUAUUGCAUAUGAUAAUAAUAUAAUUGUGGGGCUAUGUGCAGGAGCUAACAGAACCCAUUUGGAGUUGUCACUUUAUAAAAGCAAAAAUCCUUCAUGUUUUGAUGGGAAACCGUCAUUUGUGCCACAGUGUUGCAAAAACAGUGAGCUGAAACUCUGGAGACAAUAAAAACACAGUUCAUGUGGCCAUCUUGCACUGCCGAUUAAAAAAUGCUGGAAAGAAUUCAUUGAGCUGCUUAUUUCUCCUUAUCUCAUUGCACCAUUGUCCGACAAAAUUAACGAGGCAUAAGUUUUACACCGCACUGAUGCAUUUGAAAUUUUUCAUAGAGAGUCUUUGUCUCUCUCUCUCUCUCUUUCCCCCAGCCACCGUUAAUCAGGACAAGGUUUACAGCCCAUAAACAUAAUAUGCAACUGGUGUUACUGCAGGCCGUGUGGGGGAGAAGCAACCAAUGCAUCAUUAGUAAAUAUUUGAUUUGUUCAAAAGGAAGAAAGGGAUUUAUUGCAUGCUUUCUUUUAUUGUUAAGCUGUGCUGUGCAGUCAUUCCGUUGGGUCGUAAGAUAUGCUAAUAUGCAAGCCUGCAUUUGCACAAACCCCUGUUCUUGUAGUUUGCGCUCUCUGUCUUGCAAAUGGAUGAAUAAAUCUAAUCCUAAACUGAAAUUUCAUUUGUGAUUUGUUAUUAAAAACAGUUAAUUAAAAUGUUUUGUCAAAAAUCA